AUGAUUCUAAAGCGCACCUUUAGGGCAAGUCAGACUCUCCCAGCAAUGCCCAUCAUUCAUAUUAACUCUCAAAGUAAUCACGACUCUCCUCGAAGUAGGAAAAGUAUGGAUCGCUUAGUUGGUUACAUCGUGAAGGGGAUAGGUAUAGGCGGUGCUUUGUGGUACUCAAAUUGGCUUAAUAAAGACUUAAAAACAGAUAUCCAAAAUUCAAUUAAAGGCAUGACUCAGUUUAAAGAAGAAAUUCAAAAGUCAUUUGAUGGCAUGAAAAAAGAUCAGACUCAGUUUAAAGCAGAAAUUCAAAAGUCAUUUGAUGGCAUGAAUAACGAUCAGACUCAGUUUAAAGCAGAAAUUCAAAAGUCAUUUGAUGGCAUGAAAAACGAUCAGACUCAGUUUAAAGCAGAAAUUCAAAAGUCAAUUGAUGGCAUUAAAAACGAUCAGAUUCAGCUUAAAGCAGAAAUCCAAAAGUCAUUUGAUGGCAUGAAAAGCGAUCAGAUUCAGCAUAAAUCAGAUAUCCAAAAGUCAAUUGAUGACAUGAAAAGCGAUCAGAUUCAGUUUAAAGCAGAAGUAAAAGAGUUUAAUAAAGAAAUCAAUGGCAAUAUGAAAGAUAUCAAAAGUGAGGUCCAGACUCUCAGUAAAAAUAUCCAUGGAAUCGAAACAAGGACUAAUGAUACAUGGGACAUUAUCAAAGUUCUACUCCACAAAAAGGAGACUGAAAAGUAUUAA